AGGCAAUUCAGGUGCCAGCGCACAUUUCCGCAUCCUUUUUGUCAACCUUCCCAAGAUAUGUCGUCAUUCUGAGGGCGCGUGCGACGCAAACGAGAGAUGCUUGGCAAUGGUUCUGCGCAGGUGUCUACUCCUCGUCGUGCAACUGCUGGCGGGGAUGCUGGGCUUCUCGCCGCAUGGAAGGCCGCACCUACGUUCCCCAACAGCCAGAGCCAGGAGUUCGUCUCUCCUCCUGGUCCUCCUCGCCAUGAAGGCGGAGGCGCUGACGAUCCCAAGCGCCGCAAACAAGCUGAUGCUGCCGAUCUGCGCCGCGACUUCGAUUCUCUCAAGGGACACGUCGACAAUAGCAUGGCCAACAUGCUCGAAUCCGUGGGCAAGGUCUCAGAGAGCGUCACCUCAGCCAUAAACAGUUUGCAGCGCACCGUCAGUGAUUCGUACAAGACACGGCACUCGCAGAUGGAAUUGCGGGUAUUGAACAUCGAGGGCGCCCAGCGUCUACACGAGGCGCGACUGUCUAAGACUGAGCGCGAAACCAUUGCUCUUCGUCAGGAAGUCGAAAGAACUUGCUGGUCCGCAAGGAACAACCCCCCGUCAAGCAGUUCAUUCCUGGCGGUUCCUUCGAUCGCGAGAUCGAUGGAGGCUUCAUCAUCGUUCGCUCAGAGCUUCUGGUCACAGCUGCUGCAGUUGCCGACGGGUUCCGCUCAUGGCUCGAGGACUGCAACAUCACCGAGGACGACUGGCUGGUGGAGGGCGAGCCGACUAGCAAGAAGUACACUAUGAGGUUCACGGGAGCUGCUGGAUUGGCGUCGAUACGGGUUUCGCAAGCUUCGGGAAGUCUUCGUACCAAGCGCACGGACGGGACUCCUGGCUCGAACUGGCGGAGGUUCCACGCGAGGUCGACGACCAGUGAGCAGACUGAGCUGUUCGUGGGCCCCGACAAGAAAGCAGCCACCAUCAAGAAGGAGACGGCGCGCAAGACAUCUAGACGGGCUCUCGAGGCCCACCUUCCCAAUCGCAAGUUUUACAUUGACAUGUACAAAGGGGGAGAUCAGCACGAACUGGCGCCCGCACAUCGAAGUCACACCGCUCGCCAACUCAGACGAGCCGCACUCGGAGCUCGCAGGCGCGACCUUCGGCACGGAGGGCACCGACCGGCAGGAGGUGCCCCAGCUCGCACAUCGCGCCGCGCGAGGAGUUCCUAGCAGCUUCUUUGCCCCGUGGCAUGGAUCAUCCUCUCCUCUUCCUUCUGUCUCCUCUUCCUCUCGCGCUGUCACUCGAAAUUCGAAUGCCCUUUUUUCCGCCACUCUGCCGCCCUCCGCGCGAGGGAGAUCAGAUCUAUCCGGCGCUUGCUCAGGCAUGGUAGCAUCGUCGUUCUGCUAGAAGUGCACGGAGCGAAGCCAGCGUUGAAUGAUCUCCUCUACCACUUGGAUCUCCCUUUUCAAGCCUCUCUCUCUUUUCACCCCAACCCUCUUGCCGGCCUGGAGGUGGCGGAGUGGUGUGCCGUCUCUUGCGCGUCUCCCCGCAUUCCCGUGUGUUUCGUGCGUCUGCUCAUGUAGCCCAUUCUGACGUGGCACGUUGCAGCGCGGCUGUAUAGGGAAAUCCGAAAUCCAGCAGGAGCUCCGCC